AUGGGUGGCUUCGAUUUCUCCAAUCACACGCGUAAUGCAGCUUUAAUGGCUGCUGGUAUGCCAGCUCCUAAGGCAACAAGCACAGGUACCACCAUUGUUGGAUGUCUAUAUGACGGAGGUGUCGUCAUUGCAGCCGAUACCCGUGCCACAUCCGGUCCCAUUGUUGCCGACAAGAACUGCGAGAAGCUCCACUAUAUCUCCCCGCAAAUCUGGUGUGCUGGUGCAGGUACCGCUGCUGAUACUGAAUUUACGACCGCCAUCACCUCAUCAAAUUUGGAACUACACUCUCUUUCUACUGGCAGGAAACCUCGCGUGGUAACAUGCAUGACAAUGUUGAAGCAGCACCUCUUUAAAUACCAAGGGCACAUUGGGGCCUACCUAGUUGUUGCCGGUUGUGAUCCUACCGGCUCCCACCUUUACACAGUUCACGCCCACGGAUCCACUGAUAGACUACCAUACGUCACUAUGGGAUCUGGAAGUUUGGCAGCUAUGUCUGUCUUCGAAACAACUUGGCAGAAAGGUCUCGACCGAGAAGGUGCUGUCAAGCUUUGCUCUGAAGCAAUCUUGGCUGGUAUUUUCAACGAUUUAGGAUCUGGUUCAAAUGUCGACGUUUGUGUUAUUACCCCAGAGAAAGCUACUUUGAUGAGGAACUACAUCACACCGAAUGUUCGUGUUCCGAAGGAAUUGAAUUACAAAUUCGCGAAGGGCACCACGGGAGUAUUACAAGAGAAGGUUAUCAAGAAGGACGAACUGAGGAGAUAUAUCACAGUGACAGAGGUUGAUGCUAAGGGAGAGACAACUAUUCAAACAGAUGUUAUGCAAGUUGACGCAUAG